UUCAGGAAUGUCCAAAGAGUGCUGCCGUUCCACUGCCAGUAAAGAACAACAGGCAAUGGCUUCAUCACAGCCAGUUGAAGGCUCAGAAACACAGGAUCAAAAUCCACAGGAAGAAGAAGACCCAGAUGAGGGACCUAGCGUCUGAGCUCCUAACUUCAGCGAAGAAGAAAGUCUUGCACUCAUCAAUUCAGUAAUUAUGCACAGUUCUCUUCUAUUUGGGCCACAGGCAACAAAUGUCCAGCUCAAGAAUUCAACUUGGGAACAGAUUGUCAAAGCUGUGAAGGAUGCUGGAGGAAAUUAUAGGAGCUUAGAAAGCUGCAAGAAAAGACUUAGAGAUUGCAGACGGAUGACUCAACUGAAGAUUAAUUCAAAAAAUAAAAAAUUGAUGGAGUGGGAAAAGAAAACAAAGGAGUACUUCCUGUUGGUUGAGGAAGAAAGUUCAUCCAUGAGGGAGAAGGUGCAGAAAGGUGAUACUCAACACAAGAGAAAAACACCCCAUAAGAAAGGACAAUCCACCUUGAGUGAAGUUUUACCCCAAAAAAGAGACAAAUACUUUUCUCUCCUGGCAAGGGCGAUGAAACACAAAGUACACAAGCUGAAGGGCCUGCGGGAGACAUCAAUAUUGCCAUGCCUGCGGGAGAGUCCGAUAUUCCUAUGAAUGCAGGAGAGUCCGGUAUUCACAGGCCUGUUGAAGAGUCUGAUAUUUACAUGCCAGCUGAAGAGACCGAUAUUGCCAUGCCUCUUGAAGAGUCCACGAUUUCCAUGCCUGCUGAAGAGUCCGAUAUUGGUAGGCCUACUGGAGAGUCCGACAUUGCAAUGCGUGCUGGAGAGUCCGACAUUGCAACGCGUGCUGGAGAGUCCGAGAUAGCCAGGCCUGCUGGAGAGUCCGACAUUGCAAUGCAGGCUGGAGAGUCCGAGAUUGCCAGGCCUGCUGGAGAGUCCGACAUUGCUACGCGUGCUGGAGAGUCCGAGAUUGCCAGGCCUGCUGGAGAGUCCGACAUUGCAAUGCGUGCUGGAGAAUCCGACAUUGCAAUGCAUGCUGGACAGUCCGACAUUGCAACGCGUGCUGGAGAGUCCGACAUUGCAAUGUGUGCUGGAGAGUCCAAGAUUGCCAGGCCUGCUGGAGAGUCUGAAAUUGCAACGUGUGCUGGAGAAGCCGAGAUUGCCAUGCCUGCUGGAGAUUUGCAUAUUGCCGACCAUUUCAUAACACUGAGCAUAGAAGAUAGUGAUAUUGUCACACCAGCACAUGAAGACCAGGCCCAUCAUGACACACAUGGAGAAAAUAUUCAAUCCAUUGGACCUGUGAUUCAACAAACCGCUGCAUCUGAACAAACAUUAACAGAUAGGGAAUAUAUGGAACAUACAUUUUCAAUAAUUACCCAUGAAGUUCAAACAGUGUCACUGAGGAUGGGUGAACUUUAUUCAAGACUGUCACAGAGAAUGGACCAGAUUCAAGCGUGUACAUGCCCAGUUGAUGAUCACAAUUGGGCAAAGUAUUGACUAUUUAUCCAAAAGACAGGCUCAGUGGAAUACGCUGUUGGGUCAGUUUCAUUUGGGAUUACUGCACCUCCUUAGCUGGCAGCAACAAGCAAAUGUGAACACAGCACUGAUUGCCACUAACCUUCAUCAAAUGGCUGAAUCUGGCAGAGGAUCAGCUCAAGACAACACUACGACCACACCAGAACAUGUGCAAGAAACAUCAACUCAGACUGAUGCUUUUGAACCUUUCAGAACACCCCCAUUUGACUUUGAACUGUUGGAUAGGAUUCAAGAAGCAUAUGACAGAUGGAGAAACUAUACACAUCCCCCUGAUCCUGACCCCGAUCAAGAAGAUACAUGAAUGUAACCCUAAUGGAAAUGAAUGUACCCCUAGUGGAUAUUAAAAAUUUGACCAAAGACAGUCUUGAACAUAGCAUGAAAGCAGCAGAGUGGACGAAUAACAUCAUUGACACUUGUGGAUGUACCUCUGCACAGAACAAACUGCACGGGCUCAAUGGAUAUAUGUUGAAAUAAAAAUCAUUUAUGCUAAACAUUCAUAUUAUCUUUUGUUGAUUAUUUUGAAAGUACUGUGCGGAAAAUACAGUUGAAAUGUUUGUAAAUUUUUAUUGUUUAUGCAGUUGUAUACAUUGAAACUUAGACGUAUGAAAAAUAAUAUGGACUACUUAUACAGUUCAGGAUCCAACAACUAUAGAUCUUUCAUAACGGAAAACAUUAUGUACUAAAAAUGCAUUACUGAAGUCCACGUAUAAAUAUCACACGUAACAUGAUAUGUUAACAGUUGUUGGUGCAUUGAUAUUGCAUGAAAAUGUGUAUAUAAAAGUUAUAUGUAUGUUUGAGUACAUUUUCAAGUAAUCAUUCCUCUGUAGAUA